AAAAACUGAAGCUCACUCGCACACACGAAGAACUACGAGAAGAGGAGCUAAGUUCAGUGUAAAGAGAAUAAGUUGGGUGCAGCGACGAUAGGCUGGCACCGCAGACAUUCAUUAUAUAGAGGCAUAUUUAACCCCCUUCUCAUUUCAACUGUUUUAGUAUUUCAAUCCCUAGCACCUGCAAAAUACACGCAUCAAGACCAAGCAGACCAGGCAGAGACCUUAACACAGGAGGGCCUGCUUUGAUUGGGGCAGCCGGUAAAUGGGUUCGGAAGUGCAGCCGCAGCUGUCCUGUCAUCCUCUGCUCGUUUGCAAGACUUUGGAGAUGUAUAACUACUUUCACGUUGGAUUUUAAAAGAUAAAUAAACAGAAUCACACCGUUAAAUAGACGAAAACCAGACAUUUGCCAACAGUGCGAUUUGGCGUACGUGUUUAUAUUCGCAAAAACACGAUGGCAUGGUAAUAGUACAUUUAAAGUAACAAUUUACGCUUGUCGGCAGAUUCGGACUCUUGUGGAUUAUAUAUUAGAAGGCGACAUAACGGCACAACUAGCUAAGUAACUAAAGUAAAGCAGACUUGUGUAAAACGGAUACGAAAGUCGGAGGGAGAGCACACUGGAUCAACAGUGUCAGACACUCCUGCACAGAAAAAAAAACAGAAAACAACGAGGAAAGUGAAGUGAAUGUGCUGCUGUCCUUCAUUCCCUUAAAGAGAACACACCGGUAUAGGGGGACACCUCAUCGCGGACACAAGGGAGAGAGUAAGGAUUGCAGACAGGUGUAUCCACGCAUCGCAUAUUCCAGGGUAUGCGGGAUCUGAGCUGAAGAUGGAACUUUUCAGGAUUUUAUUGUUUUCUAUCCUUCAUCUAUACGUUAAAGGGCAAGGAGUUUAUGCUCCAGCAAGCGGUCAGAUAGUGCACUCAGGCCAGGCGUGUGUAGUGAAGGAUGACAACAUCAGUGAGCGAGUCUACACCAUUCGGGAGGGAGACAUGCUGGUGCUGCAGUGCCUGGUCAAGGGACAUCCCAGACCACAGAUACGUUGGACAAAGACGGCGGGCAGCGCCUCAGACAAGUUCCAGGAGACAUCGAUCUUCAACGAGACGCUGCAGAUCCAGAACAUCCAGAGGAUACAGGGAGGCAGAUACUACUGUAAAGCCGAGAACAGGAUAGGGGUGCCUGCCAUCAAGUCCAUUCGAGUAGAUGUUCAGUAUCUAGACAUGCCAACCCUGACCGUUCACCAGACUAUCAGUGAUGUGCGAGGCAGCUACUACCAGGAGAAGACCGUCUUCCUUCGCUGCACCGUGAACUCCAACCCGCCAGCUCGGUUCAUCUGGAAACGAGGCUCUGAGGUCAUCACACACAACCAGGACAAUGGUGUGGACAUUUACGAGCCGCUCUACACACAGGGUGAGACAAAAGUUUUGAAGCUGAAAAACUUGCGGCCACAGGACUUCGCCAACUACACAUGCCAGGUGUCCGUGCGAAAUGUGUGCAGCAUCCCGGACAAGUCAAUCACUUUCCAGCUCACAAAUGCCACCUCGCCUCCUGCUCUCAAGCUCUCGGUGGAUGAGACUCUGGUUGUGAACCCCGGUGACAAUGUGACCAUGUCCUGCCUGGUAACGGGUGGCAUUCCCACCCCUGUGAUCACCUGGACGCACUACCCAGGGCCCAUACCCACCACCGCCAGAGUCCAGGGGGGCACAGUGACCCUGCAGAAUGUCAAGGUCCAGGACUCGGGCUACUACAACUGCACCGCUGUCAACAAUGUGGGCAACCCAGCCAAGAAGACUGUGAAUCUCAUCGUGAGAGCCAUGAGCAACAUUACCUUCCAGAUUACGCCUGACCCCAACAAAGACAGCGAGACCAUCCAGAUGGAGCAGGAUGUGAAGCUGUCCUGCCAUGUGGAUGCACAGCCCCAGGACAAGGUCAACUACACCUGGUACAAGAACGGCCUCCCAGUGCGCCCCUCCAAGACCUUGGUAAUCCUUCGCAAUGACCCCGAGCUGGACCCUGGCACCUGCAGCCUGGAGAUCUUCUACAUGAACUUCCGAGACCAGGCCACCUACAGCUGCGUGGCCUCAUUUACAGGAACCCCCAUUCCGGAGCUGAAGAUUGAGGUCAACCUCACACGGAAUACUGUGGUCCCACCUGUGUUGACAGUACCCAAGGACCGCGCUACGGUCAUGGUGCGAGAGGGCUCGCGCGUAGAGCUGCAGUGCGAUGUUUCUGGGAAGCCCAGACCCCCUGUGCUGUGGUCUCGUGCCGACAAGGAGCUGCCCAUGCCAUCAGGGGACUGGCUGGUGGAGACUAGGGAUGGCAGGCUGAGAUUGGACAACGUGACGCGAGACAUGAGUGGCUCCUACCGCUGCCAGACUGCCAGGUUCAACGGGCUCAAUAUCAAACCCCGCCAGGCUCUGGUGCAACUCAAUGUGCAGUUCGCCCCCAUUGUGGACCCCCAGUCCCUGGAUGUGCGCACUCGGACGGGGGACAGCGUGACUCUGAGGUGCAUCAUGCUGAAAGCGAACCCCCAACGCAUUGCCUCAUCGACGUGGAGAUUGAACGGCCGCCUGAUCCGGUCCGCUCGCCCCGAGCUCCAGGACUACUCGGAGUGGCAGAUCGACAGCUUCAGCCAGCUGAGCAAUGGCACGUACGAGUGCAGCAUCUCCAAUGACGUGGGCACCUCCACAUGCGUCUUCUACGUGUCUGCCAAGGCGUACAACCCUGACUUCUACUAUGACACCCCAGCCCCGAUAAAGAAGGACAACCGAAACUACUCCUACACCCUGCAGUGGACCCAGAGAGAGCCCGAAGCGGUGGACGUUGUAAUCGGGUACAAACUGGAGGUCAGACAGCUGAACUUCCAGAGCUACAUGUCAAAGCAGAUCCAGGUGGGGACCCCUCAGAAGGGGGUACUUCUCCAGCACAUACUCUCUGACCUGAAGAUCCCGCUGAGCUAUGAGGUGCGGCUCACCCCCAUCACAAACUUUGGCCCUGGGGACACCAGCAUGAGAAUCAUCGAGUACAGCGAGCCCUACAGCUACCCAGGACGUUCAGACCAGGCAUGCGGCUUUGAGGUGGAGAAGAUCUGUGGCUUUACUCAAGACAAGAAGGAUGACUUUGACUGGACGCGGCAGAAUGCCAAUACCCAGAAUCCCAAGCGCUCACCCAACACGGGACCCACCAAAGACCGCAGUGGAACCCGGGAAGGGUACUACAUGUACAUCGAAGCCUCUCGGCCCCGGGUUCCAGGCGACAAAGCCCGCUUAGUCAGCCCGUUGUAUAAUGUGACGACCAAGGCAAAGGGCCCUUACAAUACCCCCUUCUGCAUCUCCUUCUACUACCACAUGUAUGGCAAGCAUAUUGGCUCCCUGAACGUGCUGGUAAGGGUGAAGAGUAUCGGGGCUCUCGACACGCAGGUCUGGACUCUCUCUGGAAACCAGGGACCCAACUGGCAGCAGGCCAACAUAACCAUCAACCCCCGUGGGCCCUUCCAGGUUGUAUUCGAGGGUGUUCGGGGCAGUAGCUAUGAAGGGGACAUUGCAAUCGAUGACAUCUAUGUGGCGAGAGGCAAAUGCCCAAUGAACAGGGAAACAAUGUCUGAAGCGGUGUCCGUGAAGGGAUCCUCAGCAGCUCUCUCCCUGCCGAUCUACACUGGGCUGCUCGCGCUGUUCUCAACAGCCCUGUUCCACAGAUGAUGACGACUAAAGAUGACUGCCUACCUACCUGUCUGCCGGUGGACUACUACUGCCCUGCCCCCCCCUUCCCUCUCUCACUUUUACUGCCUCUCUUAUCUGUGUCUGUCUCUACAUCUCUCUCAUCUUUCUCUCUCACUUUCUUUUACCCUUUUUGAACUGUCAACUCAAAACAAUCAAUACCGUACCCAUCCUCUCCUUUAUUCUGCAUCUUUUUUCUCAUCCCCACUUCAUACCAUAACCAGUCCCACUCUUUCAGCCUGCAUUUUCUCCCUCCAUUUUGUAUCUCCCUCUUUUGUCCAUCCUUCCUUCCUCAUCCCAUGUUGUUUCUUAUUUUUUUUCCUGUUACAGCACUUUUUAUUCCUCAAUCGCUCUCCGUUUUACCUUUUUUCAUUCAUUUGAAUGUUUUUCCUCUCCUCUGUUCUUUUCUCCCACCUUCCUUCCCUCCCUCCCUCCCUCCCCAGGACACCAACGAGUCUAAAAAAAUCUACCAAAGACUUCAAGCAGCGUGAACCUGUAAAGGAGAGCUGCACAGAAAUCCGUUGAUUGUUAAACAAGGUGGUGGACUAGGACUGGGAAAUGAUUUAAAAGGCAAACAAAGCAAGGGACCCCCUUUGUGUUGCUGAAAUAAGAUCUUUCCUGUGAUUGCACUUCUGUUCGAGAAGGUGACGGACUAAUCAAUGGAUUUUUUUUUAAAGAAUGGAAAACAAAAGAAGCACAAGUUUGUACUGAUUUUUCCCUUGUUUUUUUUUUUUGGUUUGUUUGUUUGCCGUCUUGAUGAACUACUUACAUUUCUUCUUUGUUACAGCAAAAUAACUCUCUUUCUGUAUCUUAUUUUCUUAACGGGAUGAGAAGAUGGCUAGAACUGUUUGUUUGACUCCACUACUGCUUAAGUACUGUGCUGUACUGUCUUUGAGAUUGUAGACUGCACCAGUGCUGUGCCCAUCUCUCUGUGUAUGGAGACUGCAGACUGCACCAGUGCUGUGCCCAUCUCCCUGUGUAUGGAGACUGCAGCUGUGCCCAUCUCUCUGUGUACGGAGACUGCGCAUCGCUUACAUUCAUUUAUCCCAUGUACUCCAUUACAGCUGCAUGUACGCCAUUGUACUCAUAUAUUGUAUCCCAGUGCAAAAAGCCCAGUGCCCGGCAGGGGCAGUGACUGCUUUGCUCUGCGACUCUCCUCUCCUCUCCUCUCUAUAGCUGAAGCUGUGUCUGCACUAGUGCCCAAAGAAACUCCCUCUUUAUUACGCUAUUUGAUUCACAUCAAAAAUAAAUUAAAUACUGAAAAUGGUGAAUUAGUGAAGGGCCCUUUAUACAGGAAUAUAUAGGGUUUAAAAUACAAUACAAUAGUGAUUUAUAAAGCACCUUCUGUAAAACACCUCAAAGUUCUGAACAUAUAAUAAACAAAAUUAAAUGCCUCGUCAGACAAAUAGGUUUUUAAUCUAGAUUUUAGAAUUGCCACUGAUGUGGAGUCCCUGAUAUGUUUCAGCAGAGAAUUCCAUAAAUGGGGAGCGCAGUGCCUGAAUACCCUCCCUACCUCCCACAGUUUUGAACUGAGCUUUCGGGAUGGUCAAUAACUCUGCAGUAGAAGGGCUUAGAGAAUGGGCUGUAAUGUAUUCAGACAACAUGUCUAAAAAGUACUGAAGAGCUAAUAUUACUGUCAACAGUGACCAAAUUACUGAAUUAUCGAGGGAGAGCUGUACUAUUGAAAAAGAAGUGGACUACCCUCUAUCAACAGGGCUCAUACAUCUCUUAGGAUCGCUGAUCUUCAAGCCAACCCAAGUCCAGCAGUCCCUCGAUUCCUAGCUCAAUGCUCUCAGCUAAGGAACCAUGCCCAUGUUAACUGCACACAGAGCACAGAAGCCCUUGGCAGUGUAAACACAGCUCGGGAGUCUAGAGCAGAGCAGUCAUGCCUGAGGUGUGCGAGAUGUGAUAUAGAAAAUAGUGGACUAUGGUCUAUUUAUAUAUAUAUACAAAAAAAAAGGUUGUGUAUGCAGACCUGUGUAACUUAGUUUCUUAUAGGUUCUACCUUAGUAUUCAUAUUCACUCUGCAACAGGUAGAUCACAGGAAUGGUGAAUAAUAAUGUAAAAAUGUACUUCAAACAGAACAGGUUGAUUCUGGUUCUGAUCUAUAUGCAUAUAAACAAGUGUGGCCAUGUAUCCAGGUUAAGGACCAGUAUGAUUGUAUUCAAUACCUUGUGUUCAGAGCUCUGUGUAUACAUUAUGGGGCCUGUAUGCAGACUCACAUGGAUGCACCCUGUACAUUGACAGGUAGACUGAAAAUAUAAAGAGGGCAGGUGCUGGGUUUUGAAUAUUCUAUGUCAUGUAUCAAAAUAUUUUAGAGGAAAACAAUAUAUCUGAGAGAUAGUUUGGAAACAAAGCAUUUGCCUGCAGCCCUGUAUCAUAUAUGAAAUGCAUUUGCAGGUGAAACACACUGCCAGAAUAAUUUAAGCACCUUAGCUUGAACACAAGCUUGUUUCUGACCUGUUACAUCAAAUAGCCAGUGCUUAGGAGUCACAGAAUGGACUACACCGCUGCCCUGGCCACCACUUGACGUUGAAGAAUGUUCUCCUGGACACCUGGCACACCCAGCCCAAGGUGUGGGUCAGAUCCUAACUAACAUCCAAGUGUCGUCAGGCACUCAAGGAAAAUGGCAGCGGGCCAAGACCAUGUUAAGCAGUGAAUAUCAUUGCUGGUCUUACACAGACUUGUAUGUUCAUUUUAACAACGUUUUGAAGCCUGAUUGUUUGUAAUGGCACAUUGAAUUGAACCACUAACCUUAAGGUUCAAGGUAACCGUACCAUUCAACUUAAGAGCAAGCUCUAUAGUCGAGAGGUGAGUAUGGGUCUUAUGCUGAUGUCAUUGGCCUGCCGUCAGUUGCCAACGUAGGGCCAACCAAACUGCCGACAUAAGCCCAACAUUGGCCUAACUAAAAAUUGCUGUCUGUGUAUGUUACUGUAAAUUCAUAGUAUGGGUAACCAUGGGAAAACAUGGGCAAACUGCAAAAUAACCAUGCACAUUCCCUGUGGUAAACUUUUAAAAGGAGACAAAUAAACCAGUCGAAUGAUACAGGGCUGCAGUGCCAGUGUGGCUGGAAGUUGUUGUCAUGGUGCGUGCUGUGAUAGAGAGGAGAGAGAUUGUGUGAUAAGAUUUCAUUCUACAUUGUCACCUGCUUUCUGCUCUCAAAUGUUCUUAAAUCAAGUUGGUAAUUGUAUUUUGUUAUGCAGAAGAAGAUAUCUUGUUAUUUACAUUUAUUGAUAAAAAUGUAAAAUCCUUUAAAGCGCAAUGAGGAGGCUUCUGUGGCUGGCUAUUAAACUCUCCAGCGUUGAGUCAGA